UGAUGAAAGAAAUAAGUCAUCAGCUUGAAUAAUAUUUAGCAAUUCUUUGUUUGCAUAUAACGAAUCUUCGUAUAAAAUAUAAUAGUUUUUAACAGUAUGUUUAUGGAUAUUGGAGAUUCCAUAAGUAUGAAAAGUUCAAGUGAAUAUAGAUACGUAAUGAUGUUGAAGAGCACAUUCGAUCGAGAAUUAUUUCCAAACGACUUCGACACCUGGACUGUACAGAAGCAAUGUGUAUGGAUAAAUGAGAACAUCGCUACAUUCUUUCCAAAUGUUCCAAAGUCAUUGUUGGACUUCAUUCCAGCUUCUUUUCGCCAAGGAAAUUACAGUCGAUCAUUUGUGGAAAUACCAGAAUGGUUGGACGUGGAUAAAUACCGCAGGGGACAGAAAUUUGUGCGUGAAAAUUACACUUCAUUUCUCAUUGCCAAAAUACUAGGAAUUAUGCAUGUGUAUUCUUUUGAGAUGGCUCUAAAACCAAUAAUCAUAUCAAAGCGUUCUCAUACGCCAUAUUUAGGAUUUAAAAGAUAUUCCUCGACCAUACAACGAUUCUUUAGUUGGUACAAUGGAGAGCCUUGGAUUGAAGGAACGCCAGCUUAUAAAGACAUGCAAUUUGCGCGCAGAAUGCAUUUAAUGAUUCAAGAAAAAUUGCACAAACUCGAUAACGAGCAAAUCGAUAACGAGUCCAAAAUCGCGGAGCCGUGGUGCCCAGAUCGCGAAUUUUUUCUAAAAGAUUUCGUCGCGGCAUGUCCGCUUGAACAACACGGACAACGUCCUUAUAUCACAUUUGACAAAUCGCCAUACAAGCCGAAAGGCAUGAAUAAUGCGGACAUGGCAAGUACACAAUGCAGUUUUAUAAGUUUAAUUUUGCUCUGUCCAGAAAAGAUCGGAGUGCAUAAUGCGACCAAUGAAGAUAUGGAAGCCUUUUGUCAUAUGUGGAGAUGUUACGGAUAUUAUCUCGGGAUGGAGAAUGAGCACAACUUUUGUCGUGGCAGUCUCGAUGAAAUAAAACAACGCGCUCGAGAUUUUUAUCAAUAUUGGAUAGUACCUAAUUUUAAGGAUGUUACACCCGAAUGGGAGCACAUGACGAGAUGUCUCGUCGAACCACUGAAUUACUAUCCUUGGAUCUAUAUGCCUUAUAAAGUGAUGGCAUUAUUAGCAAUGGAUACGAUAAAUAUCAACAUGACGCAUUUAUAUACAUCAAUGAAUUACAUGGAAUGGAUUACUUAUAAAAGCUGGAGAUUUUUAUUGCGUUACGUUUUAAAAUUCUCAAUCUUCCGUACAAUUAUUAAUAAAAUGAUACGCCAGAUAUUCGAUCAAGCGAUGAAUUUCAGCCCAGAAGAAGAAACAAAACUUCAAGAAAAAUCGGAAAAACAAUUAUUAUAUUUUUCUAUCAUUAAAAAUAAAACGUGA